UUAAAGUGGUCCAUUUCAACGAAAACUCAUGGGAUCAAAUGCCCAACACAUACAUAACACAACCCAAGGCUUAUUUGCAAUAAAAUAAGCUCAAGUGACUUCUCUACAUCAAGAUCCAGAAGGAAUUUUUUUUGUAGUGAUUGAUGUUAAUAGGUUCUUAUCUGAGAAAGAGCUUUUCGGGACGGGAGGAGGGGAAAAGCUAGAAAUAUCAUUUGGUAAUAGGUUCAUUAUUCUGCCUAGUUGUGCUUCUUCUACUUAAAAAUGCCAGAAUUUAGUUUAGUCCCAGAUCUUUUAUAUCAAAUCUAAAUAUUUAGGCUAUAUUCCCUACUCUCUGGUAUGGUAUCCCUCCUUCCCUUUAUUUGAUCAUGCCUCUGUCCACUGGUUAGAGUUUACAGGCAAUAUUUUUAUUCAGUCUCAGUUAGUGUUGGGAGUUACAAGCUGGAAAGAUAAGCACAAAGUAAAAUGCAGAAGCCUUUACCCAAAAAUGUGAUUUUUGUGCCAAUUACCUGUUUUGCCUGUGUUUAUAGAACAGCUGCAAAAUGAUGUAUUUACCUGUGGUGGUGAGACUAGGAGUAGUUGUGUUGUACUCAUAUGCUGGUCGUGAUUCUUUGGCUUACAUUAAUAAUACAUUUUGGAAUGGCAUGAGGCACAUAGAGAGAGAUUCUUAACAGUUCAGUGAGUAAAUACAUUUUGUAUUUACUUGUGGUGGUGAGACUAGGAGUAGUUGGGUUGUACUCCUAUUCUGCUCAUGAUUCUUUGGCUUACAUUAAUACUACAUUUUGGAAGGGCAUGAAGCACAUAGAGAGAGAUUCUUAACAGUUCACUGUGUACUCUUAGUGUUUGUUAGUCCUGUGUCCAAGCGGAAUUGGGUUUUCAUGGAAUGUCAUAGCAAAAAAGGGUUAAAGGGAGCAGUUAAAUUUGGACUGGGUAUGGGAAGAAUGGGUCUACAUAUUAGGAUAUUUACUUAUCUAUUCAUUUGUCUAUUGCCUCUUGGAUAGGGCAAUUAUGAUUCUGAGUUCUGCCCUCUGCAUGUAACCCAGAUCCUUAGCCAAGGUUUUUGCCAUGGGUUUUAGUGGAUGUUACAAGAGUUGGGGUUCUGAUCAUGUGGUUUCUGAAAAGAAUUGAACUAUAAAUUGUAUUUUAUGUAUCUAGACAAAAGAAUAAUCAAGUUUAAAGUUAUACUUAUUUUGAAAGCUUUAUAUUUUAUAUAAGGACACCAGAACUCAUUUAUUCUUGUAAAUAUGAAUUUGCAGUAUCUUGGAUGGGCCAGAGAACAUAAAAAGUUCAUUGGUCAAAUUUCAGAUUUGACUGAUGAUCCCAAUUACUUCUUUAUUUCUUGAUCAGUAACAAUUUUAUAAGGGAGGACAGAAAAGCUACAUGAAUGUAUAGUGCAACAACAGCAAAGAUCAGCCCAUCAGUGACGUAGUUAAGAUUGUCCAACUGAGCCAAUUGGGCAUAGGAAGACUUUAUUUUGGCCCGUGGUUGGGUUAUAUGGGCCUUGGGCUUUUCGUAUUUGGGUUUAUUGAUGUAAUGGGUCUCUUUUAUAAGCCCCACAUUUUGAGUUUGGUCCUGAAUAUGAGAUAUACUUGAUUAGUUAGUCUAGUUAGGGUCCUAAUUCGUUAAUUUUUUUUUUUCAAGUGUUUUAGAAACAGGUUUUUAGAGUUCAGUCUUAUUUUAGUUUCCUAGUUAGUUUAAGCUACCUUAUGAGUUUAGGAUUGGUUUAGGCCUUCCCUUUUAUUUGUUUGAUUCUGUUUUUAAGUCUAAUGUAAGGGGCUAAAUUUGAUGGACAAAAUUGGCUUUAUGCUUUUGGUUCUGUGGUGAUUCAGUUGUUUUUUUUUUUUUUUUUUUUGGUGGUAGGCCACAAGGAGAGUUGAAGUAUUCAGUUGGUGAUUCCAAUCGAGUCCUCUGGUGGUGAUUCCAAGGUCAUAUCCCCUCCCUUUCUUCUUUCUAGUCAAAGAGAUGUCAGAUCUUUCCUCUUCCAUUCCAGCACAAGUUCCUUUUCUGGUUUUGUUCUUAACUCAAAAUAUUUUGUUAGCUGGUGUUUUAAGUUCUUAAACUUGGAUUCAGUUAAUCAUUUUUAACUUCUGUUCUCAAAAUCUGCAUUUAAAACACUAUUUUACAUCGAUUAUGAGGAGUCCUACCCACAGUAGGAUAAUCUGAAUCUUCAAAUUUCUAAUCUUAUUUCAAUUCUGUUUUCAGAAAUGUCAAUCAGAUCUGACUCUUAAGUCAUUCUUGGUUUCAGAAUCUGAUUUCACUAUUGGUUUAACAAGAGUCCUAUUCCGUAUCUGAUUUCCUAAUUUCUUCCUAUACUGGAAUUGAUUCUUGUUUCUUUUCUAGACUAUUGAUAUUGCAGAGUUCUGUUAUUAUUCUGAUCUCUCUUGAUUUCUGGUUUGAUCCCGUUACAAACUGAGAUCAAUUUCCCUAUUCUGGAAAUCCUAAUUCUAGAAUUCUAUCGUGAGUAGGAUACUUCCCUAAAUCCAGAUCAGACCAUCAGAUCUGAACCAGAUUUUGAGGAAUCCUUCUCCUCCAUAAAUCCACUAUUCAACCAUAGAUUGAGCAUUCUGAUGAUCUGAUUCCCUGAUAUAGAGUUUUUUCUUGGAUCUGAUUUCUGUAACCCUUCAGUGCGAUUCUGGUUUCCAAAAGGUUUCUAAACUCCUGACCCUAGGUUAUUUAGAACCCCAUCAAUCAGCCACCAACCCCAAGAGACAAUUACACUGGCAUCAUACCCCAAAUGCAAGUGGACUCUGUUGACCCCUGCGUGGACUCUGUUGACCCCUGCUUAAUUCAUUAGCUAGGUCAUUUGCUGAUUUCACCAUCCAUGUAAAUGCAAGGUGAAUGAUCUGAGUCUCCAAUUAAGAUGCAUGUCUCUUAAGGAUCUCCAGCUCCACCUUCAACUCUACAGAAAUUGAAUCACAUAGUCCACUUGGCCCAGAGUAGACCAACAGUAUAGUACCCCUUUGAUCCCUAAAGAAUCCAUUAAUGUCAGUUGUACCAGGAUUACCUAGAAAGCCACCAUAGAAGUUCAGCUUAAUGGUACACUGGGAGGAGCAGUCCACUAGUGUAUGUAAGGGAGUGUGCUAGCGUAGUCCUCUAAAGUAACAUUCCAUCUGCAUGUAGUUAUCCUAACUAUAUAUAUUCGCAUGCCAUUCAUGUGGAUGGUGGAAAGAUGCUUAUUGGGAGUUGCGAUAAUGAAAGAAGAGUAAGCUGAGAAGUCCGUAAGACUACGAGGACAAAUUUGAUUAUUUAAUGAGGUUUGGUAGAUGAGAAGUAUAUAUGUGGGGUUUAAAGGUUUAAAAGUAUAAAAUUACUGCUGUAGCUUGGGAAACUGUGAGAAAGUCAGCUUUCUCCACCACCAGGUAUCAGUAAUGCUACUUUCAUUACUUGCACUAUAUGGUUUGAUGUUAGAUGCUGCUCAAUUGCUCAAUGUCUGCAAUUUGUAUUCUCAUACAUCUUUACAAUUAGCUUCCUUAAAGAUUUUGGAGUUUAGACUAAAGGAUUGUAUGGGUACCGUUUGUGAAUUUUCCCAAGUCUGUAAUGUGUGUCCUCGUACUUCUUUACAUUAGCUUCCUUAAAGAUUUUAGAGUUUAGACUAAAGGAUUGUAUGGGUACCGUUUGUGAAUUUUCCCUACCCUUUUCCUGUUUUUCUCUAUUGCAGUGGUUUUCUUAAUCUUCCAGUGAACAUAGCUUUUAGAGAUACUGGGAUGAUACAACAACAAUUCAGCCUUUUCCCAACUAAAUGAGGUCUGCUUCUUGGAUAUGCCAAAGUAUAAGAUAAAAGGAAAAAGAAAGAAAAGGGGAAAAGACAGAGAAAAAACAAAGCAAUGAAACACUUCCAGGACAUCCCACUUAAACACAGUCGGCAAAAUGGACAUUUGCCUUCCAAAUAGCUCUAUUUGAUGGCAUACUAGGAUCCAGACCUAGCCUCUGCAUGUUUUUCCUUGCCAACUCAUCAGUGGUCAUUUUAGGCCUGCCCCUAGCUCUUCUAGCUCCUUCCAACUGGAUCUGAUCACUCCUCCUUACUGGAGCAUCCCAAGGCCUCCGUUUAACAUGGCCAUACCUGUACUAUUAUUUCAUGAAGCCGGCUGACUGGGAGUUCAUCUAUUUCUGUUUUUUUUUUUUUUUUCAUGUCAUGAGCCCAAGAACAUUCCUGUUCUGCAUGCUGAGAUGCAAGAUUCUCAUCGUGAAUAUAUUUUUUUUUUACCAUCUAUAGAUUUUGUAGUACAAAAACCCAUUUUUCUGUGAACAUUGCACUUGGUUAUUAAUGCAUUUCAAAUAUAUUGUUGCUCUCAUAAGUUUGUCCACUGUUUAUAGAGAACUGUUCUGAUCAGUUUAGUGUUUCAAACAACUUACUACCUUUCAGACAAGAUGACAGAUAUGAAAGGGAGCCCAUCUUCUGACACAGAUAUCCGUGCACUGCGCAAGGAAUGGGAUGAGGCUUCAUGCCCAAUCUGCAUGGACCAUCCACACAAUGCUGUUCUCCUCCUCUGCAGCUCCCAUGACAAGGGCUGCAGGUCUUACAUCUGUGACACCAGUUACAGGCACUCAAAUUGUUUGGAUCGGUUUAAAAAGCUGAGAGUUGAUCCUAGAAACAACAGUUCAGAAUCCAUAUCAUCAUUCCCUGAAAAUUCAGACAGCCCAAUACUUGGUCUGAGGCCUCAUCAUGGACAUAGUUCUGAAACUAGCUUUGAGGGUUCUAGAAUGAGGAAUGGCUUGGCAGAGGUAGUUCAUGAACAUUAUAGUUCGGAUGAAAAUAAUGAAGGAACUUCAGCUGCGUCACUGGAAGCACUAGCAAAUAGAAGCGAAGAACCAAAUAGGAAUAUAGAAACCCGAGGUGAUGACAUUGUAGAGAUGGGUCCACCUGUGACUUCAAGGGAGAGUGCUGGUUGUGAAGAGGGGAAUUUAUCAGACCUAGGCUUGAACUUGAAAUGUCCCUUGUGCCGAGGGGCCGUACGAGGCUGGAAAAUUGUAAAGGAGGCUAGACAUUAUCUUGACCUGAAACGGAGGGGCUGCUCUCGGGAGUCCUGCUCAUUCUCUGGAAACUACAGGGAACUUCGGAGGCAUGCCAGGAGGGUUCACCCAACUACACGACCUGCUGAUGUUGACCCUUCAAGGCAGCGUGCUUGGCGACACCUUGAGCAUCAGCGAGAAUAUGGUGACAUUGUAAGCGCCAUUCGUUCGGCUAUGCCAGGAGCCAUUGUUCUUGGGGAUUUUGUUAUUGAGAAUGGAGAUGGACUCUCUUUGGACAGAGAAAGCAGCUCAAGUGAAAAUCCAUGGUGGACAACUUUCUUCCUAUUUCAGAUGUUUGCCCCUGUUGAAGAACAAAGGGGCCUUGCAAGGGCUUGGAAUAGGCAUCGUCGCUCAUCUGGAUCACUAUCCAGUCGCCGUAAUCUGUGGGGUGAGAACCUUUUGGGUCUGCAGGAUGAUGAAGAUGAAUGGAAUGUGGCAAGUGAUACCGGUGAAGAUGUUCCCCCAAUACCAAGGAGGCGUAGGAGGCUCACACGAUCCAGGCCAAACGAAGAUCAACCAUGACAAACAGAUCCCAGUUCUGAAUUUCCUGAAAAAUGAUGGAAGGUUAUGACGGCUACCUACUAAGCCUGAUGAAGAGCUGUGUAAUCAGAUAUCGAACAGCCUAUGUUGAUUAGAAGAAGAUUCAGAAACAAUUGAUUUCAAUACAUGACAAGCUUUGUAAAAAUAUUUUAGGUUCAUUCUUGAAAAAAGAAAAAAAAGAGGAGGAUUAGUGUUGUACUGAUUCAGUUCUGUUCCAAAUAUUCUCAAUUCUAUUUAUCCAUCAUAUCAAAAGAGUGUCUCUCUUUGGUUUGAAA